AUGGCAACCAAAGCCGCAUUUAAACGGGUAACACUUCCGACAUCUCCAAAUGAGAGAGCUUCUACUGAAACGGUCUCAUUGCAGCUCACUCGGGAAUACCAAAAUAUCCAAAAGAACCCCCCACCUUUUAUCGUUGCGCAUCCAUCCGAAACCAAUAUCUUAGAAUGGCACUACAUUCUUACCGGGCCCCCUGGCACUCCUUAUGAGCACGGUCAAUACUGGGGCACAUUGAUUUUUCCUCCCGAUUACCCUUUUGCGCCCCCGGCCAUUCGCAUGCACACCCCUAGUGGCCGAUUCCAGCCAUCCACUCGUCUUUGUCUGAGCAUUAGCGACUUCCACCCGAAGUCCUUUAACCCCGCAUGGGAGGUCUCGACCAUAUUGAUUGGACUUUUAUCCUUCAUGACUAGCGAGGAGAUGACAACUGGAAGUGUGAGCGCAUCGGAAAGCGAGCGUAAGGUCUUUGCAGCCCGAUCUCGCUGGUGGAACUCGACUGGUGGUGGCUCCCAUAUCAGUGCCACACCAGGCGUGACUCGGACUACCAAGGGUAUCAAUAAUGUCAAGGCUGGAGAUGGAGGACUGAAGUUCCGUACUGAGUGGCCCGAAUUGGACCAGGAGAAUUGGGCUUGGAUGAAGGAAAAUCGCGUUGAUUCCAACACCGGCCAGAUCCUUCCCGACCCCAAUGCGCCCGCUAAGUGCUCCCCAGAGACCAGUGCUUUUCGUCGCCGUCCUAAUGGCAGUGCACCUGGUAUUGGAGCCGUUAUGGAUGGGGGCCAUGUGGCCCGUGAAGCUGGUCAAGGCUGGGUACGACGUAAUCGAAUCUGGAUUGGCUUGGCGCUGCUAGUUGGCUAUGCGUUGGUGUCACGGCUGGUGAGUGACAUGAAGGAAUGA